AUGGCCAUGGCGACUUCGCCGUUCUCUCGCAACGACUACAUUGACAAUCGCAACAUCCAGGGCGGGCAAAUCAAUGCCGCGCUGCGCACCAUCCGAACGGUCAUUCAAGACCUUCAGAAGGAACUCCGGACAGACUUCCAAAGUCUAAAUCACAGAGUCGAUGGCACCGAGCAGGGCACCUGGGACCUCAAGGACGACCUCCUCAAAUGCCCAAUCUCACGCGUCCACCCGAUCGCGGUGCGCCACCCGGCUCUCGGCAUCAUGGAGCCCAACAGGUGUCGGAUUGAGCUGUCCAUGUUGCCCCUUGUCUCGAAGCUGAUGAUGGCGCUGAUCCAGGCCUCGACGCUUUUGAUGACUUCUUGA